UUUAUUGACCAACCAAUGGUGUCACUUUUGUCAAAUGCAGUCGAAGAUUUCACAAAUUUCACAAUUGUUUACUUUGAUUUGGAAACGACAGGAUUUGGCAAAAGCAAAGAAAUUGUUCAAAUAGCUGCAGCGCACGAAUCAGCGACUUUCGACGCAUAUGUGAUGCCUACGAGAGAAAUAUCAGCUCAAGCGAGUGACGUAACAGGCCUUGUAAAACGAUCGAACGUUUUGUAUUUGCACAAUGAACCGGUCAUUUCUUUGACGGAAAUCGAUGCUAUGGAGGGAUUUUUCCAGUUUUUGAAUAAAAUUGAAAAAAAAAUUAUCUUGGUAGCGCACAACUGUUUUUCGUUCGAUAGUGGAGCGCUCAUAGACGUCAUACAACGUUUAGGCUUACUAUCAAAAUUCACACAAUCUGUCAUUGCUUUUGCCGAUACUUUGCCACUCUUCAAAAUAAAAUUAAAAAAUAAGCGUGAUUCAAAAGCGAGUUACAAGCAAAACGUGCUUGCUGAAGAAUAUUUGGGUACCAAUGCUUCAGUAGGUGCACAUAAUGCCGUCAACGAUGUAAAAGUUUUACAACAGUUGGUAACGCAUCCAGAUAUCAAUAUUGAAAAAAAAGAUAUUUUUGAAAAUUCAAAAACAGUCAAUUGCUUAAUUUCGAAAAAAAAUAUUUCCGCGACAGUAUCCUGCUUCAAACGAGAUCUCCAAAUUUUUAACUUAUCGAAUGACAAAGAAAAUGGACGCGUAUCAUCUGGAAUGAUUACGAAAAUAGUUGCUGCCGGAAUAACACUCGAUAAUCUUUUUCAAGUUUAUAAAUCUAGUGGAGAAAAAGGUAUAAAUAUUUUACUUGCUCAAGACAUUGGUGGCAAACCACGCGUUAGUAAAAAUAAAAAAGUAAUAAGCGAUUUAUGCAAAAGAAUAUCUUUUCUAUGUAGAAAGUGAUAAGUGCAUAUCGUUAAAACAAACUGCGUAUAAUAUGUUGUACUGUACCUGUACUACACUAUAUCUUUACUCUAUAACUAUUGUUGAAUAAAUGAAAAAUUAGUUUUUCUUGUGAAAUUAA